AUGUCUGGGUGCCAUAAGCAUCGCUACAAGAAUGCUGGCCUCAGUGCUGAUGAGCUAAGGCGCAGACGUGAAGAGGAAGGUGUCCAGCUUCGGAAGCAGAAGAGGGAACAACAACUUCUCAAGAGGAGGAAUGUUAAUCUUCCUGCUCCAAAUGCACCUGAUGAUGAUGUAAAUGUUUCUCCAUCUGAGGACAUUACUCCGCAAAUGGUAGCUGCUCUCUAUGGUGACAACCCUAAUGAACAAGUGAUAGCAACACAGACUUUUAGAAAGCUGUUAAGCCGAGAGCCCAGUCCUCCUAUAGAUGAAGUCAUAAGAACUGGGAUUGUUCCUAAAUUUGUUGAAUUUCUUGUUAAUAGUACUAAUCCUACAUUGCAGUUUGAAGCAGCAUGGGCCUUGACAAAUAUUGCAUCUGGUUCAUCCGAGCAAACCAGGGUAGUGGUGGAGUGUGGUGCAGUACCUGUGUUAGUGGGACUAUUGAGUUCUGGUGCUAGCGACGAUGUUCGAGAGCAAGCUUUGUGGGCUUUAGGCAAUGUAGCUGGUGAUUCACCGAGAUGUCGUGAUACGGUACUUGCAGCUGGCCUGUUACCACCUUUGCUAGAAAUAUUAAAUAAGUACUCACGACUGUCUAUGACUAAAAAUGCAGUGUGGACCCUAUCCAACCUGUGUAGAGGCAAGAAUCCACCAACUAACUUUGAAGCCGUUGCACCAGGUAUACCAGUAUUAGCUCGACUCUUGCACCAUACUGAUGCCGAGGUGCUGAGCGACGCUUGUUGGGCGUUGUCUUACUUGUCGGAUGGGCCAAACGAGAAGAUACAGGCGGUCAUCGAUGCCGGCGUAUGCAGGAGGCUUGUUGAGUUAUUGAUGCACAACAAGUUCACCGUGGUUUCGGCGGCACUGCGCGCUGUUGGUAAUGUCGUGACAGGAAGCGAUGCGCAGACGCAGGCAGUGCUGAAUUGUAACCCGUUGCCGAGCCUGCACGCGCUGUUAAAAUCCAGCACCGAAACGCAUAGGAAGGAAGCCUGCUGGGCGCUCUCUAACAUCACUGCGGGCAACGCUCAUCAAAUACAGGCUGUGAUAGACGCGAAUAUAUUCCCGUCCCUAAUAGACAUAUUGAGGCAUGCAGAGUUCAAAACGAGAAAGGAAGCAGCGUGGGCAAUCACCAACGCGACUAGCGGAGGAACGAAUGCGCAGAUCAGUUAUUUAGUGGAUCAAGGCUGUAUUCCACCUCUCUGCGAUUUGCUCACGCUGACGGAAUCUAAAACUGUUCAAGUAGCCCUCAAUGGACUCGAAAAUAUACUCAAAGCUGGACAACAAACAGACCUUCCCAACAACCCGUAUGCUGUCCUCAUCGAAGAAUGCUUCGGUCUAGACAAAAUAGAAUUCUUGCAAUCGCACGAGAAUCUCGAUAUUUACCAGAAAUCUUUCGAAAUUAUUGAGAACUACUUUGGGUCCGAGAACGAAGACAGUCGGCUGGCGCCUGAAGUGUCUUCUACGACAGAUCAGUUCAACUUUACGGCAGACCAGGCUGUGCCCAUGGGCGGAUAUCAGUUCUAA